ACUGCUGGGGCCUGCGACCAGUGCAAGGCAACGCAGGGCAGGGCACUCUACCCGGAGAAGCUGAUGACUGAAAUUGCCGUCUCCAGCAUGUCCUCGGAUCGUGGGCCUGGCGGGCACGCUUCGAAUUAGUCUCAAGUAAGGCGAUUCCAGGUUCCAUAUUGGCGGACCAAGGGAAUCAAUUAUUGGGAGCCAAUUGUCUCUGCAACAGACAAAACUGCAUUUCAAAGUUUGUAUCGUUGCUCCAUGUUUGAUGCCGCAUCCAAUGAUGACUUGAAUACGUCAGUUGAUUUUUUAAGUAGUCCACCCUAUACAUGCGGCACGAGCAUGAUUUUCGCUUGAGGUACGGGGAUGUGUGAGGGAGGUGGGAAGGAGGUCACUUUGUCUCGGCUCUUUAGGUCUCUUGGCUCCUGCAAUCAUGACGUGGCGGUGGCUGGCUGGGGAUUUUGGGGGUUUUCGCAGCCUGGGCGCGAUCCAUGCCCAUCAGGGCAGGUUCGCAUUUCUUUGACUUUUACCCUCUUCAAUGACCUUGGUGGCUUCGCCCCGGACUGGAAACUGUUGGAAGUCAUCACGACACUGACAGCCCCUUGGGCGUUGGCAACGGUAACUUUUGAUCGUGCUGUCUUGGCAAGAACGAGUAAAAUGCCAAGCCUCGCGGACGAGAACUCGACAGCUUUCCGCCGAGCCCAUCGUGGCCGCCGCUUACGAAUUUCCAUGAACGUGAGCGCAUGUUGCAGAGUGUCCGAGCUUAUGGCGACCUCGGAGCAUGUCGGUUGCCGAGCUUCUCGCCGUUUGCAGUGGUGUUAUAGCGUAGGGCAUUUGCGGGGAAAGACAGACACCCUUUGUGAAACCUUUGAUACUGAAGCAACACACUCUCCCCCAACAAAAUGCACGCCUACACCGAAAAACAGCUCUCCCGGUAUCUGGAGUAUAUCGGAUACCGUGGGGAUGCUCGGCAGCAUGCAGCCCAAGACCCUCUUGGGUGUCUGACGACCCUGCAAACCCUUCACACGGCCCGCGUGCCUUUCGAAAGCCUCUCGCUGCACUAUUCAAGACACCGGCUUUUGUCUUUGGACCCGGAGGACUUGUUUACCAAAAUUGUCGGGACUGGCAGGGGCGGCUACUGCAUGGAGGUCAACGCCUUCUUUGCCGCUGUU